ACCGGGCCGUGGCGUCUCUCAGGCUCUUCUCUGCUCGUACCUCGCGUGUUGCUUGGUUAGAUUAGUGUUGAAAAGCAUCCUAUGUUUAUAUUCUUUAAUGUUGGUUCUUAAACUUUUAAAUAAUGGAAAAAAGAAAAAAGAUUUCUAAUUCGAAAUCGGAGAGUGUCGCAAAUAUAAAAGUUGAUGAUUUCACUAUGAAGGAGAUUGUAAUAGAUAUUGAGCAUCGUGCUGAUGAUUAUGACAGUUGCAAUGCACUUGUCUUACCUACAAAGAAAAAGAAAGUAAAAAACAUAGAUAAGAAAGUAAAGACUCAGCUGUUAUCAAAGAAACGCAGGAAACAAUUGGAAAAAGUAGUAGAGAAAAAAAAGAAGAAACUACAGAGAGCAACAUUGUUAGAAGAUUUGGCAAAAUAUCAAGCAUCUUCACAUGAAUUACAACAAUAUACAAGUUUAACAUCUUUGCAAAAUAAAGGUUUAAAACGCCACUUUCGACAAUUAGAGAUGCCUGUUACAAAAUUAAAACGUAAGAAAAAUGAAAUAGAGGAAAGUGAUGCAAUAGAGGAAAGCAAUACAAUAAAGAAAACUUUCCGCAUAAAUUCUAUUAAAGGCAGCAAGAAGAAGAGAUUAGCUAUUUUGGACCAUGCAAAACAAGACAAAAUUACAUUUGAUCCAAAUGUAGUUGGAUUUGAAUCUAGUGAUAGCGACAAUGAAAGUGAUUGUAACAAUGAAAACGACACACAUGUUUCUGAUAAUAUUGCUAUUUCUAUGGAAAAGGAAAAAAGUAAUGAGAAUCUUCUAGAAGAUGUGCAAAAGAAAACAAUCCCUGCUAAAUCUCAAAAAUCUGAAAAACCUAUAGAAAAAACUGUUACCUCUAAAAUAUGUACAUCUACUGUCUUUGUGCCUGUAAAUAGAAAACCAGAAAUGCAAGCAGCUAGAUUAAAACUACCCAUUGUUGCAGAAGAACAAGUGAUAAUUGAAACAAUAAAUGAAAAUCCAAUAACCAUAAUUACUGGGGAAACAGGAAGUGGCAAAACAACACAAGUUCCACAAUUUUUAUAUGAAGCUGGAUAUGCUCAAAAUAAAUUAAUUGGAAUAACUGAACCAAGAAGAGUAGCAGCAAUGUCAAUGAGCAAACGAGUAGCUGAAGAAAUGAAUCUUACUGAAAAACAAGUUUCAUAUCUAAUUCGUUUUGAGGGAAAUGUUACCAAAGAAACAAAGAUCAAAUAUAUGACUGAUGGUGUUUUGUUCAAGGAAAUUCAAAGUGACUUUUUAUUAAAAAAAUAUUCUGUUAUUAUACUCGAUGAGGCACACGAACGCACCGUGUACACCGAUAUUCUAAUCGGUUUCUUGUCGAGAAUUGUUCCGCUUCGUAAUAAACGCAACGAUCCUUUGAAGUUGAUCAUUAUGUCGGCUACAUUGCGCGUGGAGGAAUUUGUAGAGAACAUGAAGCUGUUUAAAGUGAAGCCACCGGUUAUUACAGUCGAGGCACGACAAUUUCCUGUAACAAUACACUUUAAUCGAAAAACAAACAAGAAUUAUGUCAAUGAAGCAUUGCGUAAAACAGUAAAAAUACAUACUCGCCUUCCAGAAGGUGGUAUAUUAAUUUUUUUAACAGGUCAGCAAGAAGUGCAUACAAUCGUGCGUGAAUUACGCAAAUUAUUUCCAUUAAAGAAAAAUAAAGGUAAUUUGGUAGAUUCUGAAAAAAGUGAAACAUCUUUGGAAGACAUUACAAAUAAUGAACAUAGUAAUAAUGAUGAUUCCGAUGAUGAUUUUGAUAUAAAAGCAUUACGCCAAUAUAAUAAACAGAGGAAAAAACAACUGUUUAAGCUUCCAAUUAUUAAUCUCGAUGAUUAUUCCACCACUCUGUCUCUCACUGAUGACACACAUGAAGAUUUAAUCAAUGUACAGAAUGAUGAGGAUAAUUUAGACGAGGAUGAAGAUGAAGAUGAAAUUAUUGGUUUCAAGUUAUUGAAAAAUACACAACCAUUAUGGGUUUUACCUCUUUAUUCUCUUUUACCUAGUCAUGAACAAGCUAGGGUGUUUAAACCACCGCCAGAAGGAUGUCGUCUAUGCGUAGUAGCCACCAAUGUUGCAGAAACAUCGCUGACGAUUCCCAAUAUUAGAUAUGUUGUAGAUAGCGGGCGUUGUAAAACAAAACUGUACGAUGAAAUGACUGGUGUGAGCACAUAUCAUAUUUGCUAUACGAGUAAAGCAGCAGCCAAGCAACGUGCUGGCAGAGCCGGUAGAACUCGACCUGGUCAUUGCUACAGAUUAUAUUCAUCAGCUGUGUACAAUGACCAAUUCGAGGAGUAUAAUCAACCAGAAAUUUGUAAAAAGCCAGUGGAUGAUUUAUUAUUGCAGAUGAAGGCAAUGAACAUAAAUAAAGUCGUGAAUUUCCCAUUUCCCACGCCGCCGGAUAUCGUACAAUUAAAAUUCGCGGAAAAACGACUUAUAAUACUUGGAGCAUUGCAAUCAUUUCCAACGAAACAAGAAUCAUAUUGCUCAAAGGUGACAUCGCUUGGACGUAGUAUUGCCACGUUUCCGGUUGUUCCACGAUAUGGCAAAAUGUUGGCAUUGUCACAUCAACAUAACUUAUUAACAUACACAAUAUGCAUGGUAGCAGCUCUUAGUGUUCAGCAAGUGCUGAUAGAGACAUCUGGCAUAGAUGGUUCGGCUAAACAUAAAUUGAUGUCAAUACGUCGAUCCUGGGCUGGCAGAGGCAAUAGUUUACUUCUUGGAGAUCCACUGGUUCUGAUAAGAUUUAUCGGACUUGCCGAGUAUGCAAGAUUUGAAGGAAAGGAUGUGUUGCGCAUCUGUAAGACAAAUGGCUUAAGACACAAAGCUGUGAUUGAGAUCAGAAAACUUAGGCAGCAACUCACCAAUGAAAUUAAUUUAAAUAUACCGGACCUAAAUCUAACUAUUACUCCUAAAAUGUCACCACCAACUGACACGGAAGCUAAGUUACUUCGUCAGAUAAUUCUCGCAGGUAUGGCAGAUCAAAUUGCAAAAAAAGUUUCACCUGACGAGAUAAAAGAUCAAGAUAAGAUCAAGUGGAAGCACGCUUAUAGAACAUCAGAAAUGGAGGAGCCUAUAUUUAUGCACUCCUCAUGCGUUUUGCGGAACAUCAGUCCGGAAUGGGUUGUUUACCAAGAGGUUUAUGAAACAAAUAAGAUUUAUAUGCGAAAUGUCACAGCAAUAGAGCCUGAAUGGUUACCAAAAUUCGCGCCUACAUUGUGCAAUCUUAGCGAACCAUUGAUUGAUCCACCACCAAGAUAUGAUCGGGGAACCGGAAAAAUCAUCUGCCGUGUACGCGGCACAUUCGGAAGAGCCGGAUGGAAACUUCCACCGAUGGAUAUAGAGCAUCCAUUGACAAUUGAUGGUAUCAAAUGGUUCGCAUUUUUCUUCUUAGAGGGUCAAAUAUACCCCAAAUUGAAACGAUUUGUGCCAUCAUUACUGACAACACCAGGCAGCAUCACUAAGUCCUGGGCAAAGCUAAUACCACGCACUCAAACGAUAUUACAAGCGCUAUUAUCGUACGAAAUUAUGUCCAAAGAUAAACUACUGCAAAUAUGGAGUUCAGAUAAGACAUUUUUGCUAGCACCCUAUCAGGCAUGGCUUCCGAAAUCCGCGCAUGCGGAUGUAGCUUCAUUAUGGCCACCUUUAUAAUGUAAUAUUUAUAAUAUUACAUUUAUAAUAUUAAGAUUGAAGAAUUAUAGUACAUAAAUUUUUUUAUAAAUAUAAAAAAUUAUUAUACGAUGGUAAAAUUUCAUUGUUUUUGUCUCCUGUCCACCGCUGAAGUGGGUCCCAUUUUACGAUAUAUCCUGUACAUUUAUUAUUUUGUAUAAUUAAUAAAAAGAUUUCGGUGCAGAAAACAA